UUUUCGCCGAAGUCAAAUCAACUGUUACUUUGGUCUUGAAGCGUUGUGGCUGGACUAGUACGAUAUGGGGGACAGUGUCGAGGACUCUGCCGUGAACGACUUUCUGCAGAUUUUAGAGGAGCAUCGAAAGAAUUGCGAAAAGCAAGGCAAGUACGUCGAGGCCGAGAUUGCCAAGAACCGCCUGGACGAGCUCAAGGUCCACGAGGAGAACCGGCGCAAGGAAGCGAUGCGGUCGCGGCAGAUCGCCGAGCGGCUGGGCGUUGAAGAGGCGCACAUGCUCGAGUUUCAGCAGUUUAAUCUUGUGUGGGACCGCAAAAUGGAGGAGUACGAGCGCAACGUGGACGAGUUGGUGGCGUCCAUGCGUGAUCGCCACCAAGGCGAGUUGCUCGAGUUCCAGCAGAAGCUGCUUGAAAAGCAGACCAAGCCCAAGUUUUCCAAGGAGCUUCUCAAUCUGCGCAAGAUCGAAGAGCACUUGGCUCGGCAAAAAGAUUAUGCCGAAGCGCACAAGAUGAAGCUCAAGUCGGACGCGCUGGAGGCAUGGGAGAUGGAGAAAUGGCGCAACUCCAAGCAGCAAGAGAUGUUUCAGCGAGAAAUCAAGUUCAAGCAACGACAGCGGCAGGAACUAGAAGCCCUCCAGAAGCGCAUCCAGUCGGGCCGCGAAGAGCAAAAGAAGCAGCGGCAACUCGACCUCGAGCGACUGCUGCAGCGCUACCAAAACGUCAAGGCCGAGCUCCAGCAACAGCAGAACCUCGAACGCAUUCGUAUCGAAAAGUUUUCCCUCACCACGACCCAACGCGUGAGCAUGAAGGUGUAAACUCAACAAGCCAAUACGACGAUGGUGGAUGGAUAGGAAGAAUCUUAGGGACUUUGCCGCCGUGGCAGCAGCUUAUAUAUAUAACGUUCGUGUAACACAGAUCCCAUUGCGUGAAGUCGCAUCGAUAGAUGUUAGUCUCGCCGCACGCUCUUGAACGCCUUCUUGUUCUGGACAAACAUGUACGCCAGAGGAACCACGACACCACUGACCAUGAUCAAGAACCCAACCCAGUACGAACUUGAAAAGUAGCUCACAGCAGCCAGGCCACCGCCGCCAAAAGGUGCUUCUGUCGGGGUAUCGUCAUCGGCCAUGAUGUUGGGGGAGUGGAA